UCUCGAUACUCACCAGUGUCUCGGUCGGGCGGUUUCGGAGCGACUCGGGGUGCAGUCUCGUCAUCUGAGAGCGGUGUCGACUGUCGACGAGUAAACGCGAGAACGAGAUUGACGAGAGUGCGAUUAUUUAUUCUCGUAACGGGACGGAGCGAGAUGGUGAUUUCUGUGUGCGGUCCGCGCCGCGACGCAUGACGGUUCCGCCCCGGCACGUGAACGCCUGCAUUCUCGCAGUUAUGUGCUUCCAUUGUGAGAAUACAAGUGCUUUAUGGUGAUAAUAUGUCAAAAUCAAACAUAAGGAAGAUAACGGCUGACCCUACGAAAUGUAAUACAGACUCAUCACGACGGCCGAGUGUGUUCGACAGGUUGGGCACCAAACCCGCGAUCGCCGCCGCCGCCGCCACCGCCACCGCCACCGCCACCGCCACCGCCGUCGCCGCCGCUCAGAAUACAUCGGACUACUGCAGGAAUUGGGCCCUCAACGGCAGCUGCUCCUACGGAAAGAGUUGCAAAUACGCAAGUACACACACACUGAUAAGUCCAUCCAAGCGCGCUAAGAAGGAUAAUGCAAUCGCAACUACGCCUGGGCCCAUUGAGGAUCCUUUCAAACGGCUCACGUCAAAAAUCGUGAAGAAGGCAUCGCACAGCCCGGACUUAAAUAUCGAAGAGUGGAACCAGACGGACCUCGAGUACGUGGACGAGAAGGUAUUGGAGAGACGGCGGCAACUGUUGCAACGGGAGCUGGAGCUACAAAUGAAGAAGGACAAGGAGGUACAUGGCAAGGAGAAAGUGAGGCAGAAGAAGAAAGCGAUGAGCUCGUCUUCCAGUUCGCGCACCUCCAGCACGUCCAGCAGCAGCAGCAGCUCCAGCAGCGAAGACUCCUCCUCCACGUCGACCUCGGACUCCCGGAAGAAGGUGAAGAAGCUCAAGACCAAGAGACACCACAGCGUCACCACCGAUUACGAUGAAGAGAAGGAGAGGAAGAGAAAGUUGAAGCUGAAGAGACUGGGAAUGAAGAACGACAAGGCCGUUGGUAAGAAGAAGCGCAAGAUCGAGAGCAAUUCCGUGAAGAAGGACCUCGCCGCGAGAGCGGUGAAAAAACAUGGCGCGUCCUCCGGGUCCAGGAAGCAUUCCGGCUCACUGCGGGCGAAAUCGCCCGCGAUGCAGCAAGGCUCCACGAGCGGCGGAGUUGCAUCCACGUCGGCGGUGGUACUGGGCUCGUCGGUCUCCGUGGCGCAUCACGCGUCCUCCUCCUCCAGCAAGAUCCGCGAGAGAAACAGAAGCGAAUCGCCGAAGGCGUUGAAAGCCAGCCGGGAGGCGGACAAGGACGACGGCAGGCAUUACAAGAAGGUACGCGACAUGGAGGAGUGUUUGUCGAAGGACCCCAAGUCCUGCAAGUCGUUCGACAAGCUGAAGGAGCAGCAGGAGAAGGAGAAGAGCCGCGCGAUCGACGAGAAGAUCAAGUCGGACGACCGGCUGAGGUCCAAGUGUAACAAGGACAAGGAUAGCUUGCGCUCGCGGACGCCUCCACCGCCUCCGUCCUCGUCCGAGCGGUCGUCCAAGCAUCAGCACGGCGGAAUCAAGGAGAGCGUGUCCGUGUCGAAGACGCGACGCAGCCGGACGCCGGAUAAGCCGUCGUCGAGGGUGAGGCGCGACCUCACUCCGGCGAAGAACCCGGAGAAGCCGAGCGGCUCGUCGAGCCGCGCGAGGGACACCGACAAGAAGGAACGCGACUCGCACAAGAGAGACAAGAGCAAGGAGCGGGAGGAUACGAGGAAGGGCGAGCAGCCGGUGGGCGGUAAAGCGAAGCAGACGCUGACCGCGAGCAGCCAGGACGACAGUUAUCGGAGGAGCAACGCGAGCAAGGACAGCUUCGACGAGAAGGCUUACGGCGGUGAGAAGGCGCGGCAGAGGAGCCGCGAGCGUCAGCGCGAGAAGGAGCUAAGGGACGAGCGGCACUCGAGGCUGGUGCGCGACCAACGGCAGGAGCCGCUGCGCGACAAGGACAAGGACGGGUCUCAGGAACGCUGCCGCAACGAGCGGCAGCGCGAGCGGGACCGCGAGCGGGACCGCGACCGCGAGAGGGAACGCGAGCGCGACCGGGACCGGGAGCGGGACCGCGAGAGGGAACGGGAGCGUGAUCGCGAGCGGGAGAGGGAUCGGGAGGUGCGCGAACAGCGGGAUCGUGAUCGUGACAGGGACAGAGAGAAAUCCAUGAAGUCUCGGGAGCGAGACGUACCCACGGUAGUCCCCUCCGCGGCAUUGAGCCUGCCAGCGGACAAGAGUUCGCGCUACAGCGGCGGCGGCGGCGGCGGCAGACUGAAGGAACGCCCGUUGAGCAAGGAUGUGUCCUUCGACAAGAGCAGCGGCCCUCGCGACCGGAACAGGAGCGAGCGCGAGCGGGAGCGCUCCGAGGCGAAGGCUCUGGUCGACCGGGAGAGGAGUUCGGCGCAGUCGCGACUAGACGGGCGCUACGAGCGCGGUGGCAUCGUCGAGAAGGAAGCGGCGUCGUCGAGCCGCGGGAAGCCGAGCAUGAACUCGCCGCGAGACCGCAUGGACCGUUUCCGGGAGACGUCGCUGGAUCGCGCGCCGUUGCACGAUAAGAGCGGGCACGCCUCGGCGUCGGGCAUCCCGUCGACGGCGCCGUUACCAUCGGCUCCCGCGACCUCGUCCUCGUCGUCGGCCGUGGCCGCGACGGCCGCUCUACCAUCGUCUCGCGACCAUCUGCUCGACAUGGUGGACGGCCACUACGACAGGGACAGGCACAGGAGGUUCAGCGUGAGGUACGAGCGGGGGCACGGAUCGGAGCACGCCAGCAGGAAGGAUCAGGCACGAAUCGAAUCGAGUCGCGUGCCGAGCAAGAUCGACCGGAUAGUGGAUCGUCGGGACGCGAGCAGUCCGCGGCGCGCGAUGGAGGUGGACCGGAACUUCGGCAGGAACUACGGCAGGCUGCCGGAGCACUGGGACGAGCAGGAGGAGUCGUCUGCCCACGUGGACUAUCGGGACCACGGUCACAUUCACGAGGACGACCGGAGAAAGGCGGUCGACGGCAGAAGGUACGACAGCCCGUUCGAGGAGAGGCGCGUUGCGCGCGAGGAAAGGUCCAGGGAGUCGCGAUACGUGAUCCAAACGGCGGAGCGGGCCUCCUUCGACGAGCACCGCCAUCACCAUCACCAUCAUCGGCAUCCUCCUCUCUACGCUGGCGAGAAACUGCGAGGCGGCGGCGGCGGCACCGGCAUUAGGGAGGAAAACGUACCAACUGACGACUGGGAGGGGCACCAUCGUGACGUGGAGCACAGCCGUGACCGAGCUUACCCGCCGGUGGAGUGGGACGAGCGGGAGUGGCGUACGCGAACGCUGUGGGAAGGCAGAGACAGCCUGCCCCGCUCGGAGAUACACGAUGACGAGUGGAACGCGCGAUACGACGGCUCGAUGGCCGACUGGAAAUCCAGCGAUGCGCGGAAAUGGGACAAUCAGAACGUGCACGUUCGAUCGCAUUACAGGAACGAGCGCUCGAAGGACUUGGAGCUCGCGGAGUCCGCGCAGCACGGCAAGAGGCGAUCCUACAAUGCCCCGGAAGCGCGGGAGGAGCCGACGAGUCACCCGUCCGCUAAGCAGGCCGCGAUUUACGGCAGCAUGAAGGAGGAGCCGAUCAACAAGAAGCUCAUGGAGCUCGCCGAGGGCAGACUGUGCACCACGACCACCGCCAGGGAGAAGUCUACGGACAGUUUCCAGAAGAAGGGCUCGCAGAAGGAGAAGCCCGAGAUCAAGGAGCCCGUGGCGGUGGAGCCGAAACGUCCCAUCGCCGACGAGUCCUUGCAGACUCUUCAUACUGAGAGCGACCUGAGUGACAUCAGCGACGAUCCGGACGACAUAUUAAAUAUGGAAGAAGAUACCACGGAUGUGGAAGCUAGUAAAACGCGGACGAGUAAGAAGGCACCGGAGGUCCGCGAUGUGCAGUCGACGGCGCAGGAGCCAGCCCAGAGUUCUCUGUCGCCGAAGGAGCCGGUGGAAGAAGCUAUCUUCAACACCAAGUCCAAGGACAACGCUGAUACCAUGUCCCUGAAGAAUAUGGAAGAUGACAACAUGGAGACUAUGGACUUCGAGGAGAUCUCUGACGGCGAGCUGGAAGAGGACAUCAAGACCAGCGGCAAAGGACUGGGCGACGCCCUAGGCGUCGACUGGGAGUCCCUCGUGAAGGAGACGCAGGCGCGGCGGAGCAUGCCGUCCGACCAGGACUCCGCGGAGAACCGAUGGCAGUGUAAGGCCAUCUUCUACAGGAUCGGCAUAUCCAAGAAAUACGCGGGCGAGGACUUUGUUAAGAAGCUGCUGAAAAAAUAUGAGAAGAAUGAUCACAGCGACUUCCUGCUUCACGAUGUCGCGCUGAUGCACACGGCGCUCGCACGCAACCGACUGCUGCAGGAUAACGGCGCGAUGCACGCCGUGGAUGACUCCUUGUACAGAAUUAACAAUGCAAGCUACGACGAGGAUGUGGAGCACGACUGGGAGACGCUGAAGCCGAGCGCGGCCCUAUACGAGGAAGCCAAGUGUUUAUUGCAAGCGGUAUGAGGAGAAGGACGAGAUCUGUGUGUCGAAAAUUGUGAACGGCAAUCGACAAUUCGAUUUUUACACCGACCGCACCGAGUAUAUAUAUGUACAUAUGUGUAUAUGUGUACCGUGUCCCGUGUCUCUUCGUUGGUCUAUCGAUAGGCAAAUAUAUCGCAAAUAUAUUUAAUCGAACGAGCCGCGUACGAGCCAGUCGUUGAUCGAUCGUACUUUUUUGUCCGAGUAUCACUUUGAUAAUUAUUGAUAAUAACGAUAAGAUUUGACGAGUAAUCGCCGCAUACGUAAAUGGAGUAACUCGCUCAUGUACAUUUGAACGAUUGUAAUUAUAUACGUGUGCACGAAUUAAUUUUUGCGCACCGAAGUGUCGAUGUAACGUCGUCCACCCGGACGAGUGUCAAAUGUAACGCAAUAAAUACGAGUGAUCCUGUCCCGAGCGCGACGUCGGUUUGCGUUCAGUCGCUUCCGCGAACGCAGGCUGCGCCGACGUCGUUCUGUAAUAUACUCAUUGCCUUGCGCAACAGGUGUUCGUUAUCGUUAUCCUGAAAAUAAAACGUAAUUAAAAGAGGA